AUGUACCUGAAGAAAGCCGGCCACCAUCCCAAGCCGUCGAAGCUUCACCAGGGCAGAAAACAGAACCAAAUGAAAGAUGACUUGCCAACCCCCACUGUGGUGCAGCUGGAGUCGGCAACAGUGCUGAAGGAGGUCCAAUAUGAGGAGUAUUCUAGAAUUAGACAAAGAUUGAACGAGAAGAGUAAACAGCAACAGCAACAAAAGCUGAAGCGAGCAAAGCCUUCUGGUGGCCAGAAGAGUGAUAAGUCCACAGGCGUAUCAAGGAAGGCUAACAAAGAGGAGAAUAUUAAGAUCAGUAUUCCAACUUUUGUCACAGUGUCUAAUUUAUCGACCAUCAUGAAUGUUCCUUUGAACACGCUCUUGAGCAAAUUGGAGACACUUGGAUUCGAAGAUAUGACUCACAAUUAUAUUUUGGAUAAGGAGAAUGCAUCGCUUAUUGCCGACGAGUUUGGAUUUGAUGUGACCAUGAGUGAUGAAACUGGACUUGAUCUUUUCCCAGCUCCCGAGGAUGCUCUGAAGUUGAAGCCGAGACCACCAGUUGUGACCAUCAUGGGCCAUGUAGAUCACGGAAAAACCACCAUUCUUGACUAUUUGCGGAAAUCUUCCAUUGUUCAAGGAGAGUUUGGAGGCAUCACGCAACACAUUGGAGCAUUUUCUGUCGUUACGCCUAUUUCCAAAAAGAAUAUCACAUUUUUGGAUACCCCGGGUCAUGCAGCAUUUUUGAGUAUGAGAGAAAGAGGCGCAAUCGUCACAGACAUCAUUAUUUUGGUUGUUGCAGCUGAUGACUCAGUGAUGCCUCAAACUAUCGAGGCUAUCAAGCACGCGAAGAAGUCAGGAGUUCCCAUUAUUGUUGCCAUUAAUAAGUGUGAUAAGCACGGUGUCAAGAUUGAUAAAGUUCUCGGUGACCUUGCCAGAUAUGAGAUCGACGUUGAAGACUACGGAGGAGAAACCCAAACUGUGCAAGUCAGUGGAAAAACUGGAAUGAAUAUGGACAAACUAGAGGAGGCCGUCAUCACUUUGAGUGAGCUUAGUGAGUUCAAGGCUGAAGCAGUGGGAAUUCCUGCUGAAGGCUGGAUCAUCGAGUCUGAAAUGAUGAAAGGUUUGGGUAACGUUUCUACAGUUUUGGUCAGAAGAGGUACUGUCAAGGUGGGAAGUUUUUUGGUUGCAGGAACAACCUACUGCAAAGUCAGAGGUAUGAGGGAUGAGAGAGGAAAGCCGGUCAAGCAGGCGGGCCCAUCGACUCCAGUUCAAAUUUGGGGCUGGAAAGAGCUUCCACACGCUGGAGAUCAGAUUUUGGAGGCCAAAUCGGAGCAGGUAUGCAGAAAGGUGAUUCAAAACAGAGAGAGCCGCAGAAAGCAGAUCCAGGCCGCCAAGGAUAUUGAGACAAUCAAUGAAAAGAGACAAGAGGAAGUGAAGGAAUUGCAGAGACAGGAGAGAAUCAACGAACUCAAGAUGGCCGGUUUAGAUCCUUCAGAGUUGAUGGGUGCAGAUGAAGACGGCGCCAAGCAGGAGACUGUGAAAUACAUCAUCAAAAGUGACGUCUUUGGAUCUGCAGAGGCAAUCAAGGAGAGUAUUGACGGUUUGGGUAACGAAGAGGUCAAGGCAGUGGUGAUUUCCCACGAGGCAGGAGCACCUACCGAGUCCGACUUGGAUACGGCUGAAGCUCUUGGAGCCAAAAUCUUGUGCUUCAACACUAAAAUUCCUAAGGCAGUGCAGAGUAAAGCUGACAAAUUGGGAGUGCAAAUGAAUGAACACAAUAUAAUCUACAGAUUGAUUGAAGAAGUUACGCAGGAGCUCACGGCCAAGUUGAAGCCACAUAUCGAGAUUAAGGUUUUGUCGGAAGUGGAACUCCGGAGUGUUUUCAAGAUCACUACGAAGAACAAGUCCACCAUCAAGAUUGGUGGUUGCAAAGUGAUGAGUGGAACCUUGAAGAGAGCAUCUAAGGUGAGAGUGAUGAGAAAGGGUGAGAUAGUGUUUAGUGGAAAUCUCUCAUCCUUGAAGCAUGUGAAACAGGAUAUUUCCGAAGCAGCCAAGGGUUUGGAAUGUGGAAUUGCGUUUGAGAAUUGGGAUAAGUUCGAGGAAGGUGAUGUCGUGGAGGCAUUUGAGGAGAUUGAGAUUCCUCGCUACUUGUAA